AUGAUGGUUAAUGAUAUAAAAACAACAUUGACUGACCGUAUGGCUGGUUUUGAAUCAUUUUCCAUAGCAUUAGACGAGAGCACGGAUUUGUCGGACACAGCUCAACUGGCUAUAUUUAUUCGAGGUGUUGAUAAGGAGUUCACUGUUACUGAGGAAUUGCUUGCUUUACAGCCGCUAAAAGGAGCCACUACAGGGGAGGAUAUUUUUAAUGAAGUUCAAAAGGUAUUCACAAGAUUUGGCUUGCCAUGGUCAAAAUUAAAGGGAGUAUGCAUUGAUGGUGCACCUUCUAUGGUCGGCUUACGUAAAGGUUUCAUCGGAAUUUUAAAUGAAAAAGCAACAGCAUUAAAUGUGCAAAAAGAUGAUUUGAUAGUCCUUCAUUGCAUUAUCCACCAACAGAACUUGUGUUCUAAGUCCAUUCGACUCCAGCAUGUUAUGGAUGUGGUAGUAAAAACCAUCAAUUUUAUUCGAUCUCGAGGGCUUAACCAUCGUCAGUUCAAGGGGUUCUUGGAUGAAAUAUCCGCUGAAUAUAACGACGUAACAUAUUAUUGUGAAGUCAGAUGGCUGAGCAAAAGAAAAAUGUUGGAACGGUUUUACGAGCUUAGAAAUGAGAUAGCAGACUUUAUGAAAAUAAAAGAUAAACCACUAUCUGAAUUGAGUGACCCAAAAUGGAUAUGUGACUUAGCAUUUCUGGUCGAUCUAACAGGCUAUUUGAAUGAUUUAAAUUUGAAACUACAAAAACAAGGACAGUUAGUAAAUGAUUUGUACAGCCAUUUGAAAGCAUUUCAGGUCAAACUGCGCUUGUGGGAGUCACAGAUGCUAUCUGGAAGAAUAAAUGACGUCUCUUGUCCUGGGCUUGAAGUCGAGCCAGGAGACGUGGAAUUAGUUUUGAAUGAAGGAGAAACGGUGACCGACUCACAAAGCCCAGCGUCGAGUUUACUUGAACCCGAUGGGAAUAUUGGGGAGGAAGAUCAGUCACCGGAGCUCAGCCCUAACAUAAUCACCACGAGUGAUCCUGUAAGAUCUGUUUCUCACGAAGACAUUUAUUUGGAUUGUGAG